CAAACAACGGCGUCUGUCAAACAUUAUCUCGGAAUUCGCGCCUAGUUGCGGAUAUGAGGUACCGAACGAAGGUCACCCUUUGCCUUGUUACGUCGCCACCUCUCUGCACUUCCAUCCGCACAGCACGCAGCGAUAGAUAUUUAUUAAAGCACACGGUAAAGUCUGGAGUAAUGGUUUGAUUGUUGCUAAGUGUGGUCCAAAGAGGAAAAAAGCAGAAAGUGUCAAGUGAUAAUGGAAAAGAUCAACUACUGCUCGAUGACAAUACGGAUCGAAUGGUUUUGGACAUUCCAUAUUGCAGUGUGUAUUGACACAUUUCUCGCAGAUUCUUUGGGCUCGUGAUGUGUAAACAGAUGUGUAUCGAUUCGUUUAAUGGUGAAACGUUUACACAGUGUUAGCGUCAUUUCAACCGCUCAGUUUAUGGCAAAUAAUGUUUAACUGUUUACCCGGCAAUUAAUCCAUUGCCAAACAAUGGAGGACAAAUGAGAGAAUUCGUGAUUGUAUUCUGCAACAAAAUCGUUCCAGAAGCUCUUACCCAGUUUCUUAUAAACCAGAUUCCAAAAUUAUUCAACUAAAUAAAGCCACAAUAGUUCCAGCUUAGACCACAGAAGACCGUGCGCUGAUCGUUUCUUCUCUCCCCGUGUCCUUCCGUAGUGAGCGAGAUCCAUAGAAUUGGAAACAACAAAACGAAACGAUGAUUUCAAGAACAGCCUUGCUAGUUGCCAAUUUCACGCUGCUGCUAGUCCUAUUUGCCGGCGUCACAAAUGGAGCGGAACCCUUCCAGAUGGAAGAGUAUCUGAAAUUCCCGCCAGUCUUCUUGUACGAUGACUUUGAAGAUUGCCGCCGGUACUACACGGACUACGUGUAUUGUGUGGUCAAGGCACCCCUCGAGCCAGACGAAUCGUCCGAGUUGUGGAGAAACAUUAGUUUCUUUUCCAGUGACUAUCAUCACUACGAUCAUGGAGUGCUAGAACGGGGUGUAUGUCUGCGAAAGUGUCGUGAUGUACUGAUCCAAAAUGGUACCGAAGGUAUAGACAGCUACACGCAGACCGAUCUAAUACACCAGUGCGUAAGCAAUGAGCUCACCUCACGGUACCAGCUCCGGUUACAACCAGAUCUGCACAUCCAGUAUUGCUACUCCAAGAGCACCGAGAGUCUUUCUUAUGAUUGGCUUGAUGCCGUCUUUCUACUGCUUGCGGCUACGAUCAUCUUCCUUGUCAUUGCCUCCACCGUGUACGAUUUGCACGAGCAAGCGAAGCAACACUUCCCCGAAAGCUACUUCGGACGCAAUCCUAAACUAAGCCAUCAGCGCCUCCUGACCGCUUUCUCGUUUCCGCGCAACCUACGACGCCUGAAGGAUCCACAGACAACACAGACUCGCAUCGAUCUGGCUUGCUUCGAAUCAUUUCGAUGCGUCCAAACAUUGCGCGUCAUCUUUCUGCACGUCUCGAUCGCGCACAUGAAGUUACCGCAGCGCAAUCCCGAGUUCUUCGAACAACUGCAGCAAGGUGCUGCUCUGAAAACAUUCAUCGCCGAAUUUCAGAACUACGUGCAGACGUUCUUCGCUAUCGGAGGCAUGCUUAUGGCGAUCAACUUCCUCGAUCACAUCCGCAAACAUCCCAACUUUCGGUUGGCGUUCUUCGGCGAGCGGUUGCUCAAUCGGUUGUGCCGGUUAGUGCCGACGUACGCGUUCAUGAUUCUGCUCGAAUCGUCCGUCAUGCGUCACAUGAUCGACGGUCCGUUCGGGAAGCAGUUUAUAGGCGAAUCGAGCGAAAGUUGCCACCGGUGGUGGUGGGCGAAUCUGCUCUUUAUCAACAACUACAUCGGAUGGGGCGAACCGUGCUUCAUCCCUUCCUGGUAUCUGGCAACUGAUCUGCAACUGUAUAUCUUCGGUCUGGCCAUAAUGAUGGUGUUCUGGAAGUGGCCCUCCACCAGGAAGUACAUCUUCGGCGCCAUCUUUGUCUACAGUAUUAUAGUACCCGCCAUCGUGUACCUUACAUCCGACAUAACGCCCGUCAUGACGAUCGACAUGAAGGAUACGGAGAAGUACAUCCGUGGUCAGAUGUUCCAGAGUGUGCUUUACUUCCCCUUCCACCAGAACACGGGCGUCUACUUCUGCGGUAUGCUGGGUGGUAUGGUGUACCAUCAUUAUCGCGAUCAACGUAAGGAGCUGUUUAAGCAUGGUGUCUUCAGGCAGAUCGCACAGCUAAGCGGUAUGCUGUACGUGUUCAGUAUGGUGACGGUGGCCUGGGUCGUGACGAAUUUAUCCUGGCUACCGGCCGCCUGUCUGGCCGUGUACGCCAGUACCUUCAAGAUUAGCUGGGGUUUGUUUAAUACCGUGCUACUGGUGGCGCUCGCACUGCUUCACCGACACAACUGGAUCAAGAUGGCACUAGCUCAUCCCAUCUUCGGUGUGCUCGGUAAGCUGGGUUACAGUGUCUAUCUGAUACACUUCACCGUGAUCGUGCAGGUGUAUGGCCGGGAGAAGGCACCGAUCUUCAGUAACGAGCUGAUCGUUGCCGGCUACACGGCCGAGGUGAUGUUCUUCAGCUACAUCCUGGGCUUGGUCCUAUGUCUAAUGGUUGAGCUACCAACCGGUGCGGUAUUGAAAGAGCUACUGGAACCAUCCAGCAGUAAGCCAUCAUCAAACAUCAUCAACAGCAAGGUCCAUACGGUCACAGAACCGAACGGUGGACCACCAGUGACGACACCAGGUGACGUAACUAGCAAUGACGUAAACCGAGGAUCGGUGCCGAACGAAACGCACUGAAGCAAGGCCGCUCUCUUCACUGUGAUACCGGCAGUGGGAUGCGGCACGUAUCCUCUGCCAGGAGACUGAUGAUUCUAGCCUCACCAUGUACAAAGUUACACUAGCAUUGUUGUUGCUUUCCGCUAACACAACAAUACUCACACACAACCCUCAAACACACAUACAUACAUAUACGCAUGGCGCUAUAUACAAGUAUUCGUGUAGGUUUUACUAAGUCCGGCAGGGUUGGGUGUCCUACCAGUGUACCGGGGAUAUGCAAUAAGUGUUUUGAAUAAAGAAGUAAAAUGGAAACACGUGUAUCCGCCAACGGCGUGCGUCCGAAAAGUAACAAUGCGAAAAUCUAUCAACCUUCCGGCCUACUAUAUGC